UGCAGUUUCCCUCGAGCGUACGUACAUACGUACUGACGCACGCAUGGCCACGAGAGGGCGGGGAAGGAGUGAAGAGGUUAAGGCGCCCCGCCCAGUCAGCAGGGUUGCGCGUGCCCUGUGAGACCGCCAAGAUGGUGGUGGGCGCGUUCCCUAUGGCAAAGCUGCUAUACUUGGGCAUCCGGCAGGUCAGCAAGCCGCUUGCCAACCGUAUUAAGGAGGCCGCCCGCCGAAGCGAGUUCUUCAAGACCUAUAUCUGCCUCCCGCCGGCUCAACUGUACCACUGGGUGGAGAUGCGGACCAAGAUGCGCAUCAUGGGCUUCCGGGGCACGGUCAUCAAGCCGCUGAACGAGGAGGCGGCAGCCGAGCUGGGCGCAGAGCUGCUGGGCGAAGCCACCAUCUUCAUCGUGGGCGGCGGCUGCCUAGUGCUGGAGUACUGGCGCCACCAGGCGCAGCAGCGCCACAAGGAGGAGGAGCAGCGUGCCGCCUGGAACGCGCUGCGGGACGAGGUGGGCCACCUGGCGCUGGCGCUGGAAGCGCUGCAGGCACAGGUGCAGGCGGCGCCGCCACAGGGCGCCCUGGAGGAACUGCGCACAGAGCUGCAAGAGGUGCGCGCCCAGCUCUGCAAUCCCGGCCGGUCCGCGUCCCAGGCAGUGCCUGCGUCCAAGAAAUAGGAGCUUGCUGGAACCUGAAUUUGGACAUGGCCUACGUACCUAACGUGGCCUUCUUCCCGCACCACCCUUGCCUGCGCUGGCCCAGUGGAAACCACCAGGAUCUUGAUGCAACUUGGCAUUUGGUUACCUCUGCUGAUGAGAGCAGCGGUUACCUGCCACUGGGACCAGCAGGUGAAGCGUUGCAACAUAGCCCCCUCCAUCAUCCUUCACCCCCAUCCCCCACUCCAAACCAGGACAACCUGCAAGGUCCCAGCCAGCAGGGCACCGUGGGCACUCUGGCAAAUGAAAAAUGGAACCUGGUCUUGAGCUGAAUCAAUGUGUCAUUGUUACCCCCACCCCUGGUUUACCUGAUCAGUGUUAACCUUUACUGGGACGCUCAUCUGUUACACUGGAACACCCCCUUCUUUUUGUCAAUCGGUACAGACCACUGUAAGGAAAUGCAGUGUGUUGCAGUGGCCUUUUCUCCCCCUCACCUUCUAAGGUCAGCUCUAGCUGAGCAUCAGUGCUCUCUUAAGGAGAAAAAAAAAGGUGCGGCCGGUAGCCAUGGCUCACGCCUGUCAUCCUAGCACCUUGGGAGGCCGAGGCGGGCGGAUCACUUGAGGUCAGGAGUUCCAGACCAGCCUGGCCAACAUGGUGAAACCCCAUCUCUACUAAAAAUACAAAAAUUAGCCAGGUGUGGUGGGGUGCGCCUGUAAUCCCAGCUACUCAGGAGGCUGAGGCAGGAGAAUUGCUUGAACCCAUGAGGUGGAGGUUGCAGUGAGCCAAGAUGGCAUCAUUGCACUCUAGCCUGGGCGACAGAGCAAGACACUGUCUUAAAACCAAAAGUUAACCGGGCAUGGUGGUGGGUACCUGUAAUCCUAGCUACUUGGGAGGCUGAGGCAGGAGAAUUGCUUGAACUUGGGAGGUGGAGGCCGAGAUUGUACCACUGUAUUCCAGCUGGGUGACAGAGCAAGACUGUGUCUCAAAAAAAAAAAAAAUUCCUGGCUGGGCACGGUGGCUCACACCUGCAAUCCCAGCACUUUGGAAGGUCAAGGUGGGCGGGUCACUUGAGGUCGGGAGCUAGAGACCAGCCUGACCAAUAUGAUGAAACCCCGUCUCUACUAAAAAUACAAAAAUUAGCUGGGCAUGGUGGCAUGGACCUGUAAUCCCAGCUACUUGGGAGGCGGAGACAGGAGAAUUGCUUGAACCCGGGAGGCAGAGGUGGCAGUGAGCCGAGAUUGCACAAUUGCAUGCCAGCCUGGGCAACGAGCAAGACUCCAUCUUAAAAAAACCCACAAAAGGUCCUGGCCUGCAGUCAAUCCAUGGAAUCAUUGUACCUUCCCUUGAGACCCGAAGUGGACUAUUCCAACAGAACCACCUCAUCCUUGAGUCCAUGGCACAACGCACUGGAAUGGCGCUACAGGAUCUUUUCUGUGAAUGUCCUCCAACCCCCUUUCCAUGGUGGGAAAUUUGAUCCUAACUAGGGCUAAUCUAGCCUGUCCUUCAGCCUCAGCCCCCUAUUUUCCUGUUCUCAGAGUUCCUGGAGCUUAUACUGUGUGGCAUGUCCUUUCUUGCCUUCCCCACCUUGCUCAGUAGCAUUUCUCGGGGCCCCAGUCGAAUCCAAGCCCAUGGAUUCAAUUGUCAAAUCCUUCAUCUUCCAUCCGCAUCUCCUAAUCUGUGUGCUCUUGCUUUCUUUCCUCGGAGCUCUGGACUGACCCUACAGCCCGUCUUCAUGUAGCAGUACCCUCCUGCCUCCAUAGCCCCCGGUCCCAUCCCCAUCCUACCAAUUAGGCCACCAGUUGGCCUUAACUCCUUGAUUAAUUUCCUCAGGCUGUCAUAACAGAUCAGCACUGGAUGGUGAACUUGAUGGCUUAAGUCCAACAGGAAUUUAAUUCACACAGUUCUGGAGUCCAGAAGUCUGAAACCAAGGUGCUGACAGGGACACGCUCCCUCUUCCAGCUCCUGGUGAUUCCAGGCCUUCCUUGGCUCUGCCUACAGCUUCACAUGGCCUUUUCCCUCUUCUAUUUUGUCUGUUACAAGAACACCUGUCAUUGCAUUUAGGGCCCAUCUUAAGUUCAGGAUGAUCCCACCUCAAGACCCUUAAUUACAUCUAAAAAAACACUUUUUCCAAAUAAGCUGUCAUAAGCGCAGGUCCUGGGGGUUAGUAUGUGGACAUGUCUGUUGGGGGCCCACCAUUCAAGCCAUUCAGCUCACUUUAUUCCUCCUCACCCCAAGAGUAUGCUGGCGUCCAGGUGCAGUGGCUCACACCUGUAAUCUCAGCACUUUGGGAGACCAACGCAGGGGGGAUCUCUUUGAGCCCAGGAGCUGAAGACCAGCCUGGGCAACAUAGUGAGACCCCAUCUCUACAAAAAUAAAAAAUUAGCCAGGUGUGGUGGUUCAUGCCUGUAGUCCCAGCUACUUGGGAGGCUGAGGCAGGAGGAUCACCUGAGCCCUGGAGGUCGAGGGUGCAGCGAGCCGUGAUUGCGCCACUACACUCCAGCCUGGAUGACAGAGUGAGACCGUUUCUCAGGAAAAAAGUACCCUGGGACUCCUGCCAACCCCGCGGGCCAUUUGGCCUUCCUGCUGGCUGAGAGGAACAGUCUAGGAACCACCCUUUUCUACUGGGUUUCUCUUUCAGGAUCUGCCACUGAAGCGGGAGGUUGGAGGGGGGGGGCCGGUGACCACUAGCCUGCAGUCUGUCCUUCUGACUGUAGCUGUCUCCUCAUUAGAGGAGCUGCAAGGUGAUGAAGGCAUCCUGAGGCUGUAUCUGAGAACCAUCACGUGGAUCUCCACAAUGGGUACAGAGCUUAUUAAAAUCAGGAGGGAAAGUGGGAGGGUUCUGAUGGGGAGAGGCCCAAGAGUCACCCUACGAGGUGGGGAAACUAAGGCCAAGGGUAAGCAAAGGGACUUGCCAGAGAUGCCACAGCCAGUGAGGGGCUGACUGCCCAGGGUGGUGAAGUAGUAGGGGCAGAGUGAGGGUCUUGGAUUACCCCAGCUGCAGAGUGAGGAGGGAGAGGCGAUGGCUGAGCAGAGGCUGGGAGGGUGGCGAUCUCUACACAGAGGCCCAGACCAUCCCAGAGGUGGCAUUGACAGUGGGAGACCCUCUCUAUCCCCUCUCAGAACAGCCCCGGACCACACCUGAGAUCAUAGCAUUGUGUAAACGGGGCGACCAUUCCACCUGGGCCCGCUUUUGGGAAGCUGCAGGUGAGAGUGGGAGGGCCGGGCUUUCCCCGACUUCCAUCCUCACCUCCCUUCUCUAAAAAGGUAAAAAUGGCCUGGACCAAGAUCUGCCCAGAUAGAAAGCCAAGAAACAGUUUCUGAAACCUUUUCUUUUCUUCUUUUCUCUUCUUUUCUUUCGGAGACAGAGUCUAGCUCUGUCACCCAGACUGGAGUGCAGUGGUGCAAUCUCGGCUCACUGCAACUUCCACCUCCCAGGCUCAACCAGUGCUCUUGCCUCAGCUUCCAAAGUAGCUGGGAUUACAUGCGCCCACCACCCACGCCUGGCUACUUUUUGUAUUUUAGUGGAGACGGGGUUUCUCCAGGUUGCCCAGGCUGGUCUUGAACUCCUGACCUCAGGUAAUCCACCCGCCUCGGCCUCCCAAAUUGCUGGGAUUACAGGCCUGAGCCACUGUGCCUGGCCUGAAACGGCAUUUCAGUUCCUUCUGGAAGUGGGGGAGAAGCUGGAGCAGAGGGAACUGACCGAGUGGGUCCUGAGUGGGGCUGUGUUUAAAACUGGGAGUGACCCAGGCCAGGUGUAGUGGCUCACGCCUGUCAUCCCAGCACUUUGAGAAGCCAGGGUGGACUGAUCACAUGAUGUUAGGAGAUCGAGACCAGCCUGGCCAACAUGGCAAAGCCCUGUCUCUACUAAAAAUACAAAAAUUAGCCGGGGCGUGGUGGCACAUUCCUGAAUCCCAGCUACUCGGGAGGCUGAGGCACGAGAAUUGCUUGAACCCAGGAGGCGGAGGUUGCAGUAAGCUGAGAUCCCGCCACUGCACUUCAGCCUGGGUGACAGAGUGAGACUCUGUCUCACAAAAACAAACAAACAAACAAAAAAACCGGUGGGAAUGUGAAGACAGGCAGGAGCUCCAAUUCCUGACCCCAGCGCUGUCCUGACCCGUAUGGAGUGCUGCUCUCACAUCUCAGAGACUUCGCACUCAGCCCUGCCCUGCCCUGACAGGCAGCCAGUCCUCGUGGGCAGCAGGGCCAUCUACUUCCCCCACUGCGGUGUCAGGGGUGGCCAGGGUGUGUGGAAAUGGAAAGAACGUCCUCUCAAAAUGCAAGAGGCCAGAGGAUGGUUCACUGCUCGUGUGUUCUACUAGCUAAAAUUCUGUGUACCUUGCAAUUUGGGGAGAGGGGUUAGAAUAAAUUUGUAAAUGAAACUGA